AUGUACAACCGCAAUCAAAGCCAGCGUCAGAACCCUCAAGAUAUCCCUAUCUUUGUGGAUCAUUCAGCAACACCAGCUGGGCCAUUCCCAGUAAAUAAUAACAACCCGUUUAUUCUACGGCCUAUUGCCAAUAAUCAACAAGUGCCGUUACCAGCCCGCCUUCCUCAUAUUUCAACAGCUCCAUUUCCUGUUGAGUAUUGGAGGUCUGCUACUACCUUGCCAACGGAUCCAACCUCUCCCACUAUGCUCUAUGCAGACCCCCAAGCACUUGCAAGAGCUCAAGCUACUCAAUAUCCCCCCCAAGGGGAGCCUGUUAUUACAGAGGUACAGCCAUUUGGAUAUCAGGUUAGGGGGGAGUGGCAUAUUGGGUAUCUUAAUAAUGCUCUUUAUCAACGGCAAGAGCGCAUUCACCCAGAUGUAACCCCUAUAUGGACUUAUAAUCGACUUCAAACUCUUGAUAGUUCAUACCGCAAUAUGAACAUCACAGUCCCAGGCACGGUAUGGCCAACAGCUGCUGUAGGGAUGACCUCUAAUCUAUCAAAUCUCCGGGCAAUAGAGGGAUCAGGAAUUCAUAUUUGGAAUAUUGAUCCAAAUGGGUAUAUUCAGUGGAUGUGGCAGGGCACACAGUGA